CUUACGGUACCACCUGAAUGCAAAGCACGUUGCAGUGAAAACAGAACCUGCCGGAGCCGUUAGCGCUGUUAGCAGUCCUGGUCCGAGUCCGAGCAAGCGGUGCCGGCAGCCCGUACUGGACCAGAUGACUGGAUUCAGAGCCAAAAUUAAUAAAGUGAAGGAGCUCGUUUUAAAGUGCAUGCAGGCCAGAGACAUGGCUUACUGUCCAUACAGCCACUUCCCCGUCGGUGCGGCCAUACUGACAGCAGAUGGCGCUAUAAUCACAGGCUGUAACGUGGAGAACGCCUCCUAUGGACUGACGGUUUGUGCCGAGCGGACAGCUAUCCAGAGAGCCGUGGCAGAAGGACACAGACAGUUUUCUGCCAUCGCUGUGACAUGUGAUAUCAAAGAUCGUUUCGUUGGGCCGUGCGGAGCGUGCAGACAGGUUCUUAUGGAGUUUGGAUCAGAAUGGAUUGUAUACUUGACCAAGCCGGAUGGAUCUUACAAAGAAACCAGCCUCAGUGAACUGUUGCCUUUAGCCUUUUCUCCAGCACACCUCGGGAAGAACUGAUGAAGCCUCAUCACUGUUUAGUUUCAUUGAUUUUACAGUAACAAAGCUAAU